AUGGGAAAUGUUGAGUCUCUACUUCUGUUGACUCCCUGGAACUGGAAACACCUGAACACAUCAGUCAAAGUGGACACUCCAGUCUCUGUGGACAUUACUCUUCUGUCUCACUACAGACUUACUGGGAAACACUUCAACAAAUAUCAGAAGCUAGGAAUUCGAAAGCAAAGAGAUUGUGCAUCAAUUCUGAAAUUCAUACCAAGUACGAGAGGAAAAGAUGGCGUCUACACGAUUUAUCCUGAUAUGAAGACAAAAAUUUCGACCUUCUGUGACAUGACAACGGAUGGCGGGGGAUGGACGGUUAUUCAAAGGAGGAUAGACGGAUCAGUUGAUUUUUACAGACCUUGGAAAUCCUACAAAGAAGGAUUUGGGAAAAUUGAUGGAGAAGAUUGGUUAGAAAUGCCAAAGCAAAGGGACUGUGCUUCUAUUCUAAAAUCCAUACCCAACACAAAAGGAAAAGAUUAUGUCUACUCCAUUUACCCGGAUAUGAAGACAAAGAAACUGGUGUAA